CUCCCGGCAGCGCAAGCUGCGCCCAGCGCGGCGGCACCUCCGCCCUCCCUCCCCGCCGCCCGGCGCUGGUGGGGCGGCUGCCCUGGACUCGCCGCGGUCCGAGGUGCCAGGGAGCGGCGGCUCCGCGUCCCGCCCGCGGAAACUUUGCCCGGCACGCAAGGGAAGGAUGGAGCCAGGAGAGCCCUCCGUGGCGCCCCUCAACCUGUCCCGAUCCACGGCAGAGACGCCCCGCGGGGAGUUCAACCUGUCCGGGCUGCCGGAGGCGGAGGGGAAGCCCCUCUUCGGCAUCGGCAUUGAGAACUUCAUCACCUUGAUCGUCUUCGGUUUAAUCUUCACGCUGGGGGUUCUGGGCAACACCCUGGUGAUCACGGUGCUGGCGAGGAGCAAGCCAGGCAAGCGCCGAAGCACCACCAACAUCUUCAUCCUCAACCUAAGCAUCGCCGACCUGGCCUACCUGCUCUUCUGCAUCCCCUUCCAAUCCACGGUCUACGUGCUCCCCACCUGGGUGCUGGGAGCCUUCAUCUGCAAGUUCAUCCACUACUUCUUCACCAUCUCCAUGCUGGUGAGCAUCUUCACACUCUCGGCCAUGUCUGUGGACCGGUACGUGGCCAUCGUGCACUCCCGGCGCUCCUCAGCCUUGCGCGUUCCCCGCAACGCGAUGCUGGGUGUGGGGCUCAUCUGGGCGCUCUCCUUCGCCAUGGCCUCGCCUGUGGCUCACCACCAGCGCAUCUUCCACCGUGAGACCAGCAACCAGACCUUCUGCUGGGAGUUCUGGCCCAACCCACGCCACAAGAAGGUCUACGUGAUUUGCACGUUCGUCUUCGGGUAUCUGCUCCCACUGCUGCUCAUCUCCUUCUGCUACGCCAAGGUUCUUAGUCAUCUGCAUAAGAAGUUAAAAAACAUGUCAAAGAAGUCAGAAGCAUCCAAGAAAAAGACAGCACAGACUGUUUUGGUGGUGGUAGUGGUUUUUGGCAUCUCCUGGCUGCCUCAUCACGUGAUCCAUCUCUGGGCUGAAUUUGGAGUUUUCCCACUGACUCAAGCCUCCUUUCUCUUCAGGGUAACUGCACACUGCCUGGCUUACAGCAAUUCUUCUGUGAAUCCAAUCAUAUAUGCAUUUCUAUCUGAAAAUUUUAGGAAAGCCUACAAACAAGUCUUCAAAUGCCAGAUUGGUAAUGAGUCGCUUCUGAAUGAUGCCAAGGAAAAUAAAAGUCGGAUAGAUACACCACCCUCUACCAAUUGUACCCACGUGUGAGUGUUGAGAAGCCCUGUAUGUUGGCUCUUCCUUUGUGUAAACUAAACACCAAGAAAAAGAAAAAGCACAAUGAGCUUUAUCCUGGGUUUAUCUUGAUAAAGCUAAUUGGUAUUUAAUGUACUGAGUUGCAUUUGUAACCAAAGUUUGUGAAACUCAUAUGAAUGUAACCUGGGCUGAUCCUUUGCAUCUUAGAUAGCUUUGUCAAAUAAAGCUCUUGGACUUUCAUAAAUAUUUGAGAAAAAAAAUGUUGAGAUGACAUGUCUGUAUUCUUACUCACUAAUCAUACAAAGGUACAAGAAAGAGAUGUUGAUGUGGUCAGGUAACUUUCUGACAUCUUACUCCAUUAAAGUGAAAAAUGGAUACAUUUCCUACAGAUAAUGUCCUACAGAUAAUAAAUGUCCUACAUGUCCUACAGAUAAUAAAUACUGGACUACUGUGAUUUCAAAGAGGAAAGCUUUUGUUUUCUCUUCAGAUUGUUUUAACAAUGCCUUUCUUCUUUUUAAAGUAAACCCGGGCUCUGAUUUGGAGUUGGAAUAAGUUGUGUACACCUUGAGGCAAUUGCUUUAGAGAGGAAAUGCUAUUUCUGUCUGUUUCGCUGGUUUUAAUAUGUCUUACUGAGCAAAGAUGGAUUGGCUUUCUACUUCAUAUGGCUGCCUUAGUGUAUACACAGAACUUUUGUGUACACUAUACAGAUUUUUUUUUAUGGCCUGUGUGUAAUUUUACCAAAAUAAGGAUUUGUGUCUAACUGAGGGAAGCUUUUCUUCAUGUGCUGCAUGUGCAUGUGUAUGUGUGUUUUCCUAAUUUCAUAGGCUUUGAGAUGGAGAUACACUUUUAGAAGUGCAAUGUAUACAUAUGUUUUAAAUUAUUAUGUUUCAUAGAGAAGCUCUAGACAAUGCUUAAAGGUAGCAUUUAAAGGUAGAAUUCCCUUUAAAGUUGUAGGUGGAUCUUGAUAUCAUGUAGUUUUAAACUGGAAAUUUGAAGAAGGUUGCAUUUAUAUUAAUGCAAAGUGCAUAAGGUAAAUGGUACAAUUCUGUAAAUUCUUUGAUAAAAUUAGUUGUUUCCACAACUUUAUAACUUUACUUAAAAUGUCUUUAGGCGGUAAAUUGUUAAAGAAGUAAUGAAAAAACACUUAUCCUUUAAAAACAUUCCUUCAGCUGGAGUAAGACAUGAUUUUACCUAUUUUUAUUAAUGACCCAUAGACUCAUAGAUCAAAAAUUGAAAUUAAAGGAACCUCUGGACAUCCUUUCAAGGCAGGGAUAACCUCAGUUGUGUCACUUCCUUACUAGGCAAAAUCUGAAAAUUUCUAAGGAUGGCAAUUCAACAAUAUAUUUGGAGCAAACUGUGCUAGUGCCUAAUCACCCUCACUAAAAUAUUUUUCCUUUUCCACAGCUGAGAUUUCCCUUGAUGUACCUUGUGACCAUUGCUUUCUUCCCUUUCACUGUGUACUGAAGCCUUUUCUCUGACUGACUAAUGUGCAAUUUUAAGAUGGCCAUUGAAUUUCCCCUCAGCCAUCCCUUCUGGAGCCACGUGCUGCUCUCAGCCUCUCCUCGGGUCCCUGGCUGGGUCAGUGGCCUUCCAGUGCCCUUCCUCCAGCAUAUCCAUCCCUCUCAUGACCUGAGGUGUUCAAAACUGAGGAGUGUGUUCCAGAUGGCCUCACAAGCUUGUGGCCUCACAAGCACUGAGCAGAGUGAUUGCUUCUCUUGACCCAUUGGCUGGUUCUUGCUAAUACAGCCCAGUAUUAUCUUCAUUUAUGGCCGCAAGGGUACACUGCUGGCUUAUAUUUAAUUUCUGCUUUACAAGCGCUUGGUUCCUUUUCUGCAGAUUUACAUUGAGUCCCAGUCCAAGUGUUGGGACUUGGCUUUUGGCUUUUUUGGUCUCCAUGCAUUUGAUAGCUGUUUCUUCCAUGUUUCCAGCUUACCAAGGGCCCUUUGAAGGGUAUGCUUGCUGUCCAGAGCACCCACCACUCCCCCAGGUUUGGUAUUGUGGGUAAAAUUGCUGAGUCCUGAAACCUUCUCCUGGUCUUUAAAGAUGCCAAGUGGUGUUGGCCAGAUGCUCUUUUAGAUUCCUUUUUCUCUACCAACUUGCUUUUAAAAAAAAUAAUAAUUCAGAGUGGUGGAACAUCAACUAUGGAGAGUUAGCUCACAUAAAAAUAGCUAUGUUUAUGUGUCAGUACUGCCUGCUUGGAAUCAGUAAAAUAAUAUCAAAGACAUACUGUUGCAGGCAUGGUGUUUGUGUCCAUUCUUUCAUGUGAAGAGACUAUUUGAUGAUAUUUCUAGGAACAAAAAAUAUAAGUAUAUACAAAUAUAUCUUUAAAAAACCACUAAAUUGGAAAAGAAGGGGUUAUCUAUGCAGGAAACCAUUUCCUGGGCUGGGAUUGAGGUUUGGAAACAGCCUAGAAAGAAGUUCCCUUGAGUUUUGAGAUACUCAUUGCCUCAACAACUCAAAUUAUUAAAACAUUAUCAAACUUCAGCUGAAUUUAUAACAUUUUAGGAAAUUCCACAGUUUUGAAAAUAAUAUUUUUAAUUUUUUAAAAUUGCUAUUUUAUGGUUUUCAAUAAAAAUUGGAAUAUAAGCAUAUAAUUGUAUUAAAAAUUAUAAUAACAAGCUGAUUUUGUUGUUUCAUCUGGAGAAGAAUUUUUUUCCUUAAUUGUACAUAAUUUUAAACCUUGGUGCUUGAUAGUAAUGGAGCUACACCUGUCUGAAAUUUUUAGGGUGAGGGAGUGGGAGGGUAGGGACUUCUGUAACAACUAGUUGGAGAGGUCCCACCUUGUUCCUGGUGAAUGUCACUGAAACUUCCACCUGAUUUUCAGGCAAACCUUAAGAAUCAGCUGACACUCCAAGGCUCAGUUUCCUGCCUGGAAGAUGCCUUUGUUGGUCUGUGUCUCUAAUGAGACUUUGUCAUCCUCAGCUGUGACACGAAGGUUACGAAUACAGCAGCAGUGGUAAUAUGUGCUGUGAGCUGUGUCCAACCCUGGAGCAGCUAGACACUUGGUCAGCAAGGUGUCCUGCCACAGAAAUGGCUGAUUUGGGUAGAAAAUCAGGGAAUGUAUGCUAAGAUCCCCUGCCACUGAGUAUUUGCUUACAUGUUCUGAGCUUUUUGGAGGGUAUUGUGGUUUCUGGUGGAAAGCAAAGAAAAAGUUUGAUGCUAUUGACUGGCUUAGUAUGUUUUUUACAUCUUUUUCUAAUCAGAAAGGUUGAUUUCAAUGUACAUGAAGUAAAGGAAAGAAAAAAAAAAAUUUUUCUGUCUAGGCCAAAGAGGAAAUAAUCCCACUGAAUUCCAUCCAUUGUGUAAAUUUGAAAAUGUAACGCUAUACAAAACAAAAUGGGUAACAGGAAUAUUUGCUCAGAUUCUCUCAAACUAAGGCACUGCAGCAGGUUUCUAACAAAGUUUGCAUUUUACACAUUACAUUUUCUGCUUUGCACCACUUCUGCCUUAAAAAGAUACAGAAAUCUCAUUAAAUAGGUAAAGAAAUUAUUCUUCCAGGGUUCUUAGUGCCAUGUUUGCCCUGCAUGAUUGUGAGUAGUGUGAGGUAUUAUAAAAAAGAUUACAGCAGUGCUCUUCUUCCUCUAAUAAAAACUAAAAUACAAUUCUAAGAUAUGUGUGGACCCAGAUGCACACUGUGCACUGCUAUGUAUAAAUCAGAUUUAGGAUCCAUAGCCAAAAAAACCCCAAUUAAGUGGCACUUGGCCAACAUACUGCUGAAUAUGUGCAAGCAUGCAGUAAAAUGAAGGAACUUCUGUAACUUUAUGCUCAGCCCUACUACUUCACAGGUAAGUGUGUUGCCCCCUUAACUCCUUUUGAAGAAAGGAAUCUUAAUUGCAAGUGAAGCUGACACUUAAUUGCUGCUUCUGAGUAAUUAAGCUACACUGUUCUCAGUCACAAGUCUGUACUAAACAUAUGUAGUAAUGUAAUCAUUCAUAAUUGCCUUAAAUUCUUGUAUCAAAAAAUGUAGAAUGUCUUCAAAAUUUUUGUAUGUCUGUGGUUGGUAAUAAAAUUUCAUGCUGUAAUAGAUUACAAAAAUAUACCCAAACUGGCUGAAAUUACAUGUAAAAAAUUGUGACUGUAUAAGGAGCAAACUUAAUUUUUGUAGUUGAGUGUUCCCAUCUGCAAUCCAAAUAUUCCUUCAAUAUUUUGGAUGAUGAAGUUAGUUGGAUCUGUGAGUACUUAAAAGUUCCUCAAAAAUAUUUUUUCUAAAUUUAACAAUUGAAAAAAAUCAAAUUUUUCAAACAAUUUAAUCUUCGGCAAGAUAUGGCAUUUAAAUGACAAUGUUCAAGUUAUGGUCCUUUGAGCUUUGUAUUACUUUGUGUGCAUGCAUCAUCUCUUCCUUCAAACCUUAACUUUAUUAUUUUCAUAAUUGAUUGGAUCUCCAUUUUCAAAAAAAUAAUGUCACUAUCUCCAAGAGAUAAACAUUAAGCUUUAUAUAUUUAAUGUUGCAGUGAAAUAAAUUUUGCUUUAAAUCCCACAUGAUAGGGAAGGAGAGGGAGAUCUUUUUAUAAAAUAAUUCUGUGAAUACAUUAUUUUAUUAUGUUAUCUUCAUGGUUGCUUCACAGUGUGAUGUGAUACAUUGAACCGAAUGAUAUUUGUGGUAUUUUGAGAAACAAGGACAGCAGAGAAAAGAACAGCAGAGAAAAGAACAACUUGUAUCUUACAGAGCUUGUGUUAGUGUUGUUUUCAGUACAUGGGCAAAUGUCAAUGACCAAAAAAUUAAAAAUUUGUGUUUGUUUCAA